UCGUAACCAUGGAGACGGGGCCCCGCGGGAGCGGAAGUCAGGGAGCGGAAAGAGGCGGCAGCCGCGGUGAGGGCGGCCCAGGGGGUCCGGGGGUGUCCGAGGGAUUCCGGAGGGGUUUCGGGGGUCCCGGAGGGUUCGGGGGUCCCGAGGGGUUCCCAGGGAGGGUCGCAGAGGCCUCGGUUCACCCCGGGCCUCGAGCGGGGCUGUUCGGCCCCGGAUCCUCCCCCAUGCCGCUCGCUCAGGCCAUGGCGGACCCCUCGCUGCUCUCGGCCGAGCUGGAGGCGGACGAGGAGGAGGAGGCGGCGCUGCGGCGGCUCCUGCUGCAGGUGACCCCGGACCGGGAGGAGACCCUGCGCCCCGGCCCCGCCCGCGCCGUCACCCCGCAGCCGGGGCUGUGCGUGAAGACCCGCGCGGGGGGGGACAAAGUGUUCGUCAACGUUUGUCACUCGCCCGAGGUUCCGCCGCCCCCUCCCGUGUCUCCCCCGGGACUCCAGAGGCUCCUGCGGGAGCCCCCCGGCCCCGACGGCGGCUUCCGGAUCCCGAUGAGCCUCGGGGAGCCGCACGCCGAGCUCGACCGAGCGGGCCGGGGCUGCACCGCCUACGACGUGGUGGUGAAUUCGGGCUUUUUCAGGACGCUCCAGGCUGAUCCUUUGUACCUCGAGUUCUUCCUGACCGUGGCCAUGGAGGGGCUGUCGGAGAAGUACGGGGUGGAACUGGAGCUCACUGGCUGGCGAGUGCUGCGGAAUCGGAAAUUCCUGGGCUCCAUCUCGGCUCAAAACAUCCGGGCCCAGCCCCGGCCCCACAUCCAGGAGCUCCCAGGCCCCCCAGACCCCCCCCAGUUUGUGGUGGUGGCUGAGCCCUCGGCCCAGGACCCGAAGGUGCUGCAGGCCCGGGUCCACCUGCCCCAGCUGGAGGGGGCGGGGUCUCUCUGGCUGGGGCUGAGCGAGGAGCGGCUGCUGCUGGUCCGCCCGCCGCCAGGGGGCGAUGCCGCCGGGCAGGGGCCGUGUCCUUCUGCCCGUGAGGGGGCGCUGCUGGAGCUGGGGCUGCCCCUCCCCGCGGACCCCGCGCGGUGCCGCGCGCGCUUCCACCGCCGCUCCAAGUGAGCGCGCCUUGGCGCCCCCUGCAGGUUCUCACUGUGACGAUGCCGCUGCAGGCGUGAGGGACGAGGGACCCCCCCCAGCCAGAGGGGGACUCCCCACCACGGGACCCCAGAGAGCCUCCAGGGCUGCUCCCGCCCCUCCCCAGGAUAGUCCUGGAGCCUUCUGAGCGCUCCAGCCUGGGAUCGUCCUGGACUUCCCCUCAGGGACCCACUUCAGGACCUCCGACCUCCUUGGGGCCACACCAGGACACUCCUGGACCCCCCCAGGACCCUGCUGGACCCCCCACCUCAGGAUCGUCCUGGGUCUCUCCUUGGGAAUCCCCCUCAGGAUCCUUUGGGGCCUUUCUCAGGACGGUCCUCACCAUUCAGGGACCCUCCUCAGGACCCCCUGAUCCCCUCCAGGAUUCUCUGGGACCCCCCUGGGACCCUCCUGGCCCCUCUUCCCAUCCUCCGCAUCCCCUUGGGCCCCCCAUGCUCCCUUUAGCCCCCCCCCCUCUCCUUUUUCUACAAAACCCCCCAAUAAAAGUUAAACCCAA